AUGCUUGCAUCACUACUGGCUUUGGCCAGUAUUAUCAUCCCAUUCUCCGCAGCAAAAUACUCAAGCGAUCUGCAAGUCUUCCCGCCGGUUCUUGCAAUUUCACGUGCCGGAGAAGCGGAGCUCACGGACUCCUUCGUCCAUGCAUACGUCAAGCAGCCUGAGAAGCCAACGUGCCAGGGGAAUCUGAUGAACCACACCUUUGGGGCUUCAUACUAUAAGCCUUUUGUGGGGGAAUACAAACCGCCAGAAUGCUCCUUUAACCGUGUCACCUGGAAUAUGACCGUCAGCGUGGCGGGAAGACAGUUCGACAGACUUGGAUGGGUGUUUCUGGGAGAUGUCGAAGUCUGGAGACCUUCCACUGCCGAGCCGACGAAGGAUGGCAUCUUCUAUACAUAUCUCAAGGACAUGACGCCCUACCUCUCACUCCUCAAAACGGAGCAGAAGUUGACGUUCGAGUUGGACAACAUUGUGUAUGGGAACUACACCGGAUCGUUCAACGUAACAUUGUCCUCACAAUUCUUCAUGACGGACAUUGUACCUUCUAUUCCUGCGGACAGGAUUCUGGGAGUCACCGACAAGACAUCCAGUGGUGGACCAGUACCGUUCACUGUGCCCAAGAAGGCCGCUGCUGUUGCCUUGAAGAUUCCGCAGAAUGUCAAGCGGGCGGUCUUUACUUUGUCUGCGACUGGGCAGGCUGAUGAAGAGUUCUGGUGGAGCAACGUUCCCAGCACCAGGACAGCGACCUUUGGAUCCGCAGGAACACUCUACGGCUUCUCACCUUUCCGCGAAGUCCAGCUUCUAAUCGAUGGGAAGCAUGCGGGAUAUUCAUGGCCGUUCCCCGUCAUCUUUGCGGGAGGAGUCAUACCAGGAUUAUGGAGGCCCGUCGUCGGCAUCGAUGCCCUGGACUUGAAAGAGGAUGAGAUCGACGUCACACCAUUCCUACCUCUUUUGUGUGACGGCCAGCCUCACACGUUCAGUAUCAAGGUUGUGGGGCUGGAAGAUGAUGGCCAUGGUAAAGCUGUAAUCAGUAGGGAAGUAGGAGACUAUUGGCUCAUCUCUGGGAAGCUGUUCCUCUGGCUUGACGAGGAGGGACAUGUCACGACUGGUUCGGGGACACCCUAUGUCCUUGCUCCAAGCAACUGGCCUUCCGUUCAUUCGGAAGUAAGCACCAACUCCGAUGGAACCGUCAACGAGACUUUGGGCUACUUCGCCUUCGUCAGCCGGGAGUUUUUUGCGUCGUCAAUGCUCAACCUAGCUAAUGGGAAGACGUUCCACGCCGACUGGAAACAAUUUCUCAAUUUUGAAGCUACAGGCAACCUCACGAAUGGAGGCAACAACCAGGUCAACAAGCAGCUCACUACUGGCUUUAAACAAUCUUCUUCGGGCUACGCUCAAGACUUCAGCUAUCCCUUCUACGCCCUGUCCACAGUCGACCUCUCCAACAACGCGGCCGAGAUCCAUGCGGUUAUCAAUCGCAGCAAGAUGGAACGUGUUCUUGGUUCCGCAGUCCUGCCGAGUGGGAUUGAAGGAUUCAAAGCAGUUGGUAAGGUUGAGGAAAGGGCGGGCUCGAACUUGGUCACGUCCCAGAAUUCUACAGCGACAUAUAUCGCGCCGGCGGGAGGCUCGAACAUGACUUUUGGGACCACAUCGCAAGAAAUGAAGCUCGAGAGUCUUAUCGCGAGUGAAUCUUCGACGGCUGGUGUAGCGGUGUUCCCGGACGCGACGAUUGGAGGAAUUCUGUUUGAAAGGCGGGUGGAUGCUGUCAAUGGGACUAUCGUGGAUGAUGAGGCUCUUGCUGGAGCUUCUGUGUAUUCUGGUGCAGUCGCGCUUGAUCCAAAGAAAAUUCCGGAAGAUCUGGUGCUCGGUGGCAUUCCCGGACGAGGUGGGAGAUGGAAGGGAAUGUUGACGAAUCCGAAUGGUUACGAGUCCUUGAUCAUUUGA